UAACACUGCUCUAUUUCCGCAGGAUGCUUCGUCCUGUGAAACCAUCACACAGUCAAGCAGUGUUGUUCAUAUCCUCCACAUCAUCUGGUUGCUGCUGCGUCGUGCCCACGUCGUAGAGACGACCAUAGAACAGCAUAAGAGACUAUGGCGACAGCAAAGUUGGAUAAUGACGUAGCUGACUGUGAACGGACAACGGUGAUAAACGAGAUCGACGCUGUUUCUGUCAACAUUGACAGUGAUGUCUCGUAUAUUAACACUGUUGUGUACAAAGGAUCCGAGAUUACAUCCGGGCCGUCACCGUUUGAAAACAUCGUCAAUUCUGCUCGGGCAAAUAUCAAUCAGGUCAAUUCAAAGCCACAUGUUUCAACACGCGCUGAGAGGUCUGUGAUGCGGCUGUUUAACAAAACCCGGUCUGUUCUAAUAGAAGGGAAGUCAGGAGCAGGGAAGUCUAGGCUGGCAAUGCGUCUAUUGUCAAACAUUUCAACUGAGACAGGAAGGAAACCUGUAAUCUUGUCAUCAUGGCACCAGUGGGAUAUCAUUCCGAAACGCACAGACAAUGACAGUGGUGGAUUAAGUGAGAAGUGUGUUGUGUUGAUCGAUGACAUAUAUGGCUCCAGCAAUCUGGAUCCGCAGCAAGUGGUUGGAUGUGAAAGAUACUUUGACAUGAUGUGGCCUCAUGCACACUCCGGUGACAUGAUCUUUGUUCUGACUUCCAGAUCAGACAUAUCUUCUGUGUGUAAAAGCACAGUGACAAAUAAUCCUCUCAUCAGAAAAUCUAUCCAUGUAGACCUAGAUGGAAGCAAAUAUUCAUUAACAGCAAAUGAAAAAAGAAAAAUGCUGAGAAAGGUGUGUCGGUUUGACUUCAGUGCAAGUGAAAUAGAGAAAAUAACAGAGAUAGAUGUCUCCCUUGGGUUUCCUCAGUGUUGUACUUACUUCUCUAACAGCACAAGGGCAAAGGCGAAAAGGGUUGGUUACUUUCACAGCCCACUUGAAUUCAUCUUAGAAGAGGUGGACACUCUACAUGAAUGUGACGGCCUUGGCUACCUUGUCUUAUUACUUGUUUUGAUGAACAAAGGACACCUACAUGAGGAAGUGUUCUGCCCCUUCAAGCGGCCGAUCACAACACUUAUAGGAAGCCUGAAAGAAUGCUGUCGGGGAAUAUCCGAACAUGUCACACUAACAGAUAUCCAUAAGAAGGCUGAAGCUCUCUGCGAUGUGUACCUUCUUCAGACACAAAGAGGAUACAUCUUCCCACAUCAGUCAGUGUUUGAUGCUAUGUUCAUCAGUAUUUCCAAGAGGUAUCCAGAUAUCUGCAUCGACAUCUGUCCCAGUGACAUGCUGGUGGAGUUAGUGAGGACACACGUGACAGAUACAGAUAGACUUGACACUAUUUUAUGUCUAUCAGAACAAUAUUUUCCAGUUUUGGCUGAUCGAUUGACAGAAAUAUUGAUGUCUGAUGGGUAUCAAAGUAUCCUAAAUCAUCCAUCAUUUCACCACAAGGAGUUUGUACAGUUUCUGAUUAACACGUGGGCAAGUGAAAAGUGGAACAUACUGCUACAUGAACACACGCCAACAACUGUGAGUGUUGAACACCCUAUUGUGUUACUCCAGACUUAUCCUUUGUUUGAACACAGGGUGCUUCUCUCAGAUAUCAUUUUGAAAAAGAUGAAACUUGUGUUGCACUUUGCUUGUCUAAAAGACCUGGACACCUCUGUCCAUUUGCCUAGUUGUUUGGCGUGUGCUAUCUAUAGUGGAGACAAUGACCUGAUCAGAGACUUGCUUUCGGCGGGUGCAGAUCCAAAUGAAGAUUGCUUUCGAGCCCUAUGUCAAUCAUCAAACAUUGAAGAAAACUUUACAGGUGCAAUUCUCACAUGCGUUGAGAACCAAAUAGACAGUGUGAGCGACUUGGAUCACUUGUUUGGCAUCGCCGUGCUAAGCGGAAAUACCCACUUAGUAAAACUGUUAGUGAAGCUUUGGAAGGGACAAAAAACACAUUUAAUUCAACGAUAUUUAGAAAUGUUAUUGAUGAAAUUUGUGAAAAUUCCCACAGACCCUUCUUUAAUAUUUCCACGUGAGAUCAGUAAAUAUGCUGAUAUGGUUGAUGUGUUGAUUUCAGCAACUUGUGACAUUGACCUCGAUUAUAUGGUGUGGCUGUCAGCAGCACAUCCAGAUGCUACAAUUCUCAGAUGUUUCCUACGGAACCCAAAGUCUGAUCCCUUGAAGACAUACAGGGGAUCACAUCUCUUUCUCGAUACAACAUCCUUGCAACAGGCAGCAGCGUUUGGUGGUGCUGAAUGUGUGCAUCUCCUGACAGAGUAUCUUCUACAGAAGGGUGUUUCACCAGCUACCUUUUUGAAUGAAUCAGAAUCCAACAAUUACUUCUCCCCAAACCCAAGUGUGUUAGAGUUAGCACUACAGUACAACGACAGCGCCGAUGUCAUCACAGCACUGCUACACGCAGGAGCUGAUGCCAGGAGAAAGAAUUCACUAGGGCAAACAAUGCUUCAUAUUGCUGCAGCCAGGAUGCACUCCGAAUAUGUGCAAACCCUCUUGAAAGCAGGUGCACUUAUUCAUGAAACAUCUCGAAAUGGGAAGACUGCUUUCACUUACAUAUAUCCAUAUGGGUUCGAAAGCAUAGAGUCUGAUACACAUGUUGAAAUUGUCAAAGCAUUUGUUGAAGCUGGAAGUAAUAUCAACGAACUUGACUUUAAUGGCAGAUGCUGUCUUCUCAAGGCUGCUAUUUAUCAAGACUUUGAAACUGUUCACUAUUUGUGUAGUAAAGGGGCUGACUUGAAUCAAAAAGACACUGACGGAAAAUCAGUUUUGUUUGAUGUGCUUAGCAUGUGUGAAUUUGAGAUGAUAAAAUAUGUCAUCCGUCUUGGAGGAGAUAUAUCUGUAUUAGACAGCAGUCGUCGGAGUGUCAUGCACUAUGCAACAAAGUCGGGUACUGCAGCUGUGGACUUGAUCUCAUACUUCAAGGAUGUGAAAAACAUGCCUUUAGAUGGCGUUGACAAGCUGGGAAGAAAUAUUUUGUUCUAUGCUGCAAGAUGUGGUGAUGAGGAGGUCGCUGAGCUGCUUGUAGACAUGGGACUAGAUGUCAACACGAGAGACAUGGAGGGAGCAACGCCCUUGCAUGUAGCAUGUGGAAAGGAUGAUUCAUUAUCAAACACUCGGGUCAAUUCGUGCAUUAUUAAAUUCUUUUUGGAGAAAUGUGCUGAUCCAUGUGUACAGGAUGCAGGUGGCGAUACACCAUUACACUACGCAGUAACGGUGUCGAGAUCAUGUGAGAUUGUAGAGCUUCUGCUGGAGAAAGGUGCGGAUCCAAAUAUUCAAGGUAAACAUGGUUGCACUCCUUUACAUUGCGCAGUGCAAGAGAGGGCAAAGGACAUUAUCCCGACCCUGCUUGCAAAAGGUGCAGACCUCUCUGCCAAAGAUAUUGAUGGUUGUACACCUUUACACUAUGCAGCUAGAUCAUAUGCCGGGCGCGAGAAUGUGAAAUUACUUCUUGAGAAAGGUGGUAAUCCAAGUAUUAAAGACAAACAUGGUUGCACUUCUUUGCACUAUGCCGCGAAGACCUGGGGUGCUGGAAUGUCUAUUAUCUCAUUACUUGAGACUGGUGCUGAUGUAUGUGCCAAAGACAGACACGAUUGUACCCCAUUACAUUAUGCAGCAAAAGAGAGGGAUUGUAAAGACAAUGUGAAGUUACUUCUACAGGGAGGUGCGGACAUAUGGGCAAAGGACAAAGAUGGCCGUACUCCUGUUCACUAUGCAGCAAAGACAUUGUAUUGUGAUGGAAAUUUGAAGAUUCUUUUUGAGAAAGUGAUUCGUCCUUUGGCUAGAGAUAGUGAUGGGUGUACCCCGUUACACUGUGCUGCUAAAGAGAGAGAUUGUGGGGAGAACCUCCAGGUGCUCCUGGAUAACAGUGCUGACACUCGUGCUCAAGAUGGAAAAGGUUGUACUGCUCUACACUACGCGGCAAGAGUACGUGGUGGAAGCAGAAACGUGAAACUGCUUUUGGAGUAUGGUUCGCCACCAUCCACGCAAGAUAAGGACGGUUGUACUCCUUUACACUUUGCAGCCAAAGAGUGUGGUUGUGAAGCAAAUGUGAAGAUACUCCUGGACAAGGGUGCUGAUCCAUCUGUUGAAGACAGAAAUGGUUGUACUCCGCUUAAGUAUGCACUCGACAGUGGCUCUGAAGAUAAUGUGAAUGCUCUCCUGGAACACGAUACGUGUGCACACGACGAGACCAUUAUAUACAGCAGAAAGUAAAACAGCAGGUGGUUACAUACUUACCAUCAUAGUAAGGGAACUCAACCUGUGCAUGGCCAUGGGAGAUGACAUCGAGUCAACGGAAUGAUGCACCCUACGUACAUUGCCUUCAUGCAACAGAUAGAGCUACCUUGUGUGGGUGCAUGCCUCUAAACCAUAUCUACAGACAAGAUCCUUUAUCCUGACUUCAGGGCAACGAUACCAUGAGUUCAUGAGCUGCUCAGAAUAUUCUACGUUUCAAAAGAACUUAAUUGUUAAUGAAGAACUUAAUUGUUAAUUAAGAACUGAUAUGAAGAUAGAACUUUCAUAACUUAAACAUGUCACUAAAUGACUAUAAAAGCAUGGCAUCUUAUGUCAGUGAAGUAUGCCCAAUUUAAAAAUUUGUAAAUGAUCGAAUUAUGUUGGAAAUGAUGACAUGAUGUGAAUUUCUUACAAAUCCUCUCUUUAAAGACCGUGUCAAAAUAGUGUGUAUAAUGGCGAUGCCUCACUGCAUUUAGUAGUUACUGUGUGCAUGUCACCCACACAUAAUUAUAAGCUGUUCAACGAGCUUCCCAUUUUAUAUCAAGAUUUUAGAGGGUGAUAAUGUAAAUGGGAGUUUUGCAUCCUUUUUAUUACCUAUGCUACUUUUUAUCAAUUAUAAACAAUCUACAUCAUGUCUACGUGUUCUGGUAAUGAGAGCUAAGUUUGUAUGAAUACAAAGUUCGUGAGAUGUG